GUUCCUGCUGGUCUUCUCCUGUCUGGUCCUCUCUGUGUUUUCCACCAUUAAAGAGUAUGAAGAGAAAUCGGAAGGAGCCCUCUAUAUUCUGGAAAUCGUCACCAUUGUGGUCUUUGGCGUGGAGUACUUUGUGCGGAUCUGGGCCGCUGGCUGCUGCUGCCGCUACCGGGGAUGGAGGGGGAGGCUGAAAUUUGCCCGUAAACCGUUUUGUGUUAUUGACAUCUUGGUGUUGAUCGCCUCCAUAGCGGUCCUGUCGGCGGGAUCCCAGGGGAACGUGUUUGCUACGUCGGCCCUUAGGAGUCUGAGGUUCCUCCAGAUCCUGCGCAUGAUCCGUAUGGACCGGAGAGGAGGAACGUGGAAGCUACUGGGAUCCGUCGUGUAUGCUCACAGCAAGGAACUGAUAACAGCCUGGGUACAUCGGCUUCCUCUGCCUCAUCCUGGCGUCCUUCCUGGUCUACCUGGCAGAGAAGGAGGAGAACAGCGACAUGUUUGAUACCUACGCAGAUGCCCUGUGGUGGGGCCUGAUCACAUUGACCACCAUUGGCUACGGUGACAAGUAUCCAACCACCUGGAAUGGCCGUCUGCUGGCAGCCACCUUCACGCUGAUAGGAGUCUCCUUCUUUGCGCUGCCGGCCGGCAUCCUGGGGUCUGGCUUUGCUUUGAAAGUCCAAGAACAACACCGACAGAAGCACUUUGAGAAAAGGCGGAACCCCGCAGCCGGCCUGAUUCAGGCCUCCUGGAGAUUUUAUGCCACCAAUCUGUCACGCAUGGACCUGCAUUCCACCUGGCACUACUAUGAGCGCAGCGUGGCGGUGCCCAUGUACAGCUCUCAAACGUACGGUGCGUCCAGGUUGAUCCCACCAUUAAACCAACUGGAUCUUCUUCGGAACCUGAAGAGCAAAUCUGGACUAACAUUCAGGAAGGAGCAACAGACCGAGCCUCCUCCCAGCAGCAGUCAAAAAGUCAGUCUGAAGGAACGGGUCUUCUCCAGCCCCAGAGGUGUGGCCACGAAAGGCAAAGGCUCUCCACAGUCCCAAGGUGUGCGCAGAUCCCCCAGCGCUGACCAAAGCAUGGAGGAAAGUCCUAGUAAGGUGCCCAAGAGCUGGAGCUUUGGAGACCGGGGAAGGACACGCCAGGCCUUCCGCAUCAAGGGAUCGGCGUCACGGCAGAAUUCUGAAGCCAGUCUCCCUGGAGAGGAGAUUCCUGAGGAUAACAGAAGCUGUAAUUGUGAGUUCCUUUCUGAAGAGUGGACCCCCGGUCUAAAGGCGUCCAUUCGAGCGGUUUGUGUCAUGAGGUUCCUGGUGUCCAAGCGGAAGUUUAAGGAGAGUUUACGACCGUACGACGUCAUGGAUGUGAUAGAACAGUACUCUGCUGGACAUCUGGACAUGCUCGCCCGUAUCAAAAAUCUCCAGUCCAGAGUGGACCAGAUUGUUGGAAGAGGAGGUUCCAUCACAGAAAAGGACAGAAGCAAGGGUGGAACCGAGCCAGAAAUGCCUGAGGACCCCAGUAUGAUGGGCCGUUUGGGCAAAGUGGAGAAGCAGGUGCUUUCCAUGGAAAAGAAGUUGGAUUUUCUUGUAAACAUCUACAUGCAGAGGAUGGGAAUUCCCCCUUCAGAGACAGAGGCCUACUUUGGAGCCAAGGAUCGCGAGCCAGCUCCUCCAUAUCAUAGCCCAGAAGACAGCCGGGAUCCUGUAGAUAAAAACAGCUGCAUCACCAAGAUUAUCCGCUCCACAAGCUCAGUGGGCCAAAAAAACUUUAGUGCUCCACCUGCCCAAGGAAUGUCUACCCCCUACUGCCCGCCAUCCACCUCAUGGCAGCAGCAACAGCCAUAUCAACGACACAGUCAUGGUUCAUCUCCAGUUGGUGAUCCGAAUUCCAUGGUGAGGAUUCCCCCUCCUCCAUCGCAUGAGCGUUCACUUUCUGCUUAUGGAGGGAGUAGACUGGGAGCUGGUGAAGAAGGAUCCACCAAACACCGAGACACCGCAGCCCUGAGAGAUAGCGAUACCUCCAUAUCUAUUCCGUCUGUGGACCAUGAAGAGUUGGAGCGUUCUUUUAGUGGUUUCAGCAUCUCUCAGUCCAAGGAGAACCUGGAGGUUUUGAACAAUGGGGCAGCGGCGGGUCCCGGCCCCGUCGGCAAGGUCCGUCCCUACAUUGCUGAGGGGGAGUCCGACACAGACUCUGACCUCUGUACCCCCUGUGGCCCGCCUCCUAGGUCAGCCACUGGGGAAGGACCUUAUGGUGAGAUGGGAUGGCCAUCCGGGAAAUAG